AUGGCUGGUAUCGAAAAACUCGAGGUUCACAGCAAGUCCUACAUUGUCCGCUGGGUUAGAGUCGACCAAGACAAUACUCUCUCGUGGAGUGUUCAGCCCGACAAAAAGUCAAUCAACUUUGGCAUUGUAAAACAUCCAGGCAGCGGCGCCACUACGAUCCUAUCCGCAAACGACGAUGAGCUUCACGGGGGCGCGCACAUCCCCGGCGGCACCAGGUUUCCCAAAAAGGACAUGAGCGCGCAGGAUCUCUUGACGGCAAAGGGCUUCAUCCCCAUCCUGUGGCAUGGGAAGUGCGAGGCAGAUAAGGUAUCCCGAGGCACGCACGAUGUGCUUGCGGGCGAAGGUGGAAUGUACGGCCUCGUCUUUGACAACACCUUUUCCAAACAGACGUCCAAAAAGGCCACCUUUGUUCUUCUCACCUACCCUACCAGUGCGCCGCCGCAGACCACGACCAACCUGCCCAACCUGCAGUUUCCCAACGCCCAAACUAGUCAGUCAAGCUUGGGAAAACACAGCAACCCCCAUGCCGAGAAUGGCCCUUGUGCUUCCGUCGACAGCCUGCCAAGUCAUGGCCACGACAGAGCGACGUCUUCGGGAGGGAAGAGCGAUACCACAUGGGCGGCCCUAAAUUAUCACGUCGGUACGCUCUCCAAGAGACGCCGCAAGAAGGGUCAAGGCUACGCUCGUCGUUUCUUCUCCUUGGAUUAUUCCACGUGCACUCUUUCUUACUACUACAAUCGAAACUCGUCCGCCCUCCGCGGAGCCAUCCCUCUCAGCCUUGCCGCCAUCGCAGCCGACGAGAGACGCCGAGAAAUCAGCAUUGACUCGGGUGCUGAGGUUUGGCAUUUGAGAGCCCCCAAUGACAGAGAGUUCCAGGAUUGGGCACGGGCUCUUGAGCGGGCUAGUCGCAUUGCACGAGGACUCGAGACGCUGAUGAAGCCUUCCAAACCCAUCUUGAAGCCGCCCAACGGUCGUGCGCUUCAGCAGACCCGGGAGUCGAGCCAUUCCGAAAACUUUGAAUGGCAGCAGGUCGAAACCCUCGUCAGUCGUGUUGUUGGUACCCGAGAUGCGCUUCGACGGUUGACCAAGGAAGUGGCGGAGCUGCCCAAGCCCACACCUAGCGGACAGCUCCUGUCCCCCAGACCUGGCACUGCGGGAGAUGACGGGAAAGACGACAACUUCGCGCCAGUGGCGGAGAAGAAGUCCUUUUGGAAGCGCAAGUCCACCGCGCCCGUCUUGACCCCUUCCGCUUUGCAGCAAACCACGCCGUCCGCAAUGGCUGUCCCGUCACCCGAGAGCGCCACCACGGCUGCUGCUUGCAGCAUCACGCGCCGUGCGUCCAGGCGAAGAUCACGAGGGUUUGCCCAGGAAGAAAAGUCCCUUCACGACCACUGUGAAGCUUUGCUAUCCGACCUCGACUCCGUCGUAUCCGAGUUUACUGCUCUGAUCGCCAAUGGAAAACGACGUCGUCUGCCGCAUCAGCCGCCGGCCGGGGCUUCUUCUCGCGUCAGCAUGGAAACAACAUCUACAGACGAGUUUUUCGACGCCGAAGACGCCAAGUCCGGUGUCGUCAAGAUUGACGGCAGCGAGGACGAGUUUGCAGAGACGGACCCUGAAGAAGACUCGGUGCACGAAAGCUCGUCUAUAUCUUCCAUGGAUGAUGAAGACGGAACCGCAAGGGAUGGGGCGGGCGACAUGUACCCCAGCAGGCCAAAGAAUCUAUCGCCCUUGCCGAUCGCCGAGUCUGUCGAGAGGAGAAGCCGCAUCCCGCCUGCAAAAGUCCAGCCGCCAAGCCUCAUCGCCUUUGUUCGCAAGAACGUCGGCAAGGAUCUCAGCACCAUCAGCAUGCCCGUCUCCGCAAACGAGCCGCUUUCGUUGCUGCAGAAAGUGGCGGAGGCGCUGGAAUACGCACAACUCCUGGACAGGGCUUCAAGGCAGAGGAGCCCGACAGAACGACUGCUGUUCGUCACGGCUUUCGCCGUGUCUCAGUUUAGCGUCGGCCGAGCCAAAGAACGAGCCAUUCGCAAGCCGUUCAACCCACUCCUGGGCGAAACGUUUGAACUGGUCAGGACAGACAAGGAUGUUCCAGGAGGCUUCCGACUUCUCGUGGAAAAGGUCCAGCACCGACCAGUGAGGCUGGCCAUGCAAGCGGAUUCGGAGAACUGGUCAUUCUCGCAGUCCCCGGCGCCGGGGCAGAAAUUUUGGGGCAAGAGCGCGGAAAUCACGACUGACGGCCGGGUUCGCGUGGUCCUGCGCCUGGCUGACGGCACCGACGAGCUGUAUUCUUGGAACAUCGCGACCAUGUUUCUCCGCAACGUCGUCAUGGGCGAGAAAUACGUCGAGCCUGUUGGGUCGAUGCACGUCAACAAUGACAGCACCGGCCACAAGUCCUGCGUCGAGUUUAAGAGCAAGGGCAUGUUUGGCGGUCGCUCCGAGGACGUUCACGUCACCACGUUUGGACCGGAUGGAAACGACACCGGCAGCGGGUUGACGGGCACGUGGACCGGGGCCCUCAAGACCGUCGGGCCAGGCAAGGCCGCCAGCGAGGAGAUUUGGCAAGUCGGCCAGAUGGUGGACGAUGCGGCUCAAACGUACGGAAUGACGAGGUUCGCCGCGACGCUGAACGAGAUUACGGAAAUAGAAAAGGGCAAAAUGGCGCCGACGGAUACGCGGCUUCGGCCUGAUCAGCGUUUGGCCGAAGAGGGAGACUUGGACGCGGCCGAGAAGUGGAAACACAACCUGGAGGAAGGCCAGCGUGCGAGACGGCGAGAACUCGAGGACGGCGGGGUGGAGCAUAAGCCGCGGUGGUUUGUCAGAGCAGACAACAGUCCGGAGGGCGAGGAGGUUUGGAAAAUCAAGACGGGGAAGGAGGGCUACUGGGAGGAGAGGGCUCGGGGAAGCUGGAGCGGUCUUCCAGAGUUGUUUGACGUUGCCGAGCUGUAG